ACAUAGAACCAAUAGACGAUAAACCAGAACCUCCUUCCGAGAUCAUUGAACCUAGUAAUGAUGAAGUUGAACCAUUUCCCGACUUAUCUGCAAACGAUGAACCCAAAUCCAGCAAUGAAGAAGCUAUAACCCAACUGGAAACAGUACCAUCUUCGCUCCCAACCAGAGCAGAAAGGGAGUCGAGUUUAAGAGAAUGUGCGGUUAAACAUGGUGAGGAUCCCGAUAAGUUCGUAACUAUAACUGAAAAGGAUAGAGAUUUAGCGAUGAUAUUCCGGGAUAAAAUGAUGUCAGAUGCAGAUAUGAUCGAUUUUGCACGAAACGAUGGGGACGAUCCAGAGGAAUAUAUGGAAUUGUCUAGACGAGAAAAAUUGAUAUGUAUCGAGAUCAAGCUCCGAAUGCAUGAAGACGAUGGAAAACCUCGAGCAGAUGCUUAUGAUGAUGAAGAAUGGAAAAAAAACAUAGCGAUACUCCAGGAAAAUAGAUAUCUAUGGUAA